AUGACCGAUGAGGCUACCAAAAUCCUGGUGAAGUAUAACAUUGAGUUCAAGUCAAUCGAUACACUGGGUCCUAUGUCAAAAGUGAAUCCUGGGCUUGAACCUUCUCCGACAGUCUUUGUUGUUCUUUCAAAGGACUUUUCAUCGGAAGCGCUAUACAGAGCUGCAAAAGACAUCUAUCGAAACUUACGCGAUACCUUUCCCGGUAUCACAAUUGAGCUAAUCAAAGAAAAGUUGGACCUACACCCCUCGUGCUACCCUGUGUCGAGCAGCAAAUCGAUUUUCAAUAAGUGGCAUAGCAUUUCUGAUGAGAUUGUUGGCAGCUGUCAGAUGGAUGAUUGGACAGCACUCGAGCUCUGGCACUACGGAGUUGAUGCUGAAACCACAAGAAACCCUAUCACAGUUCUUGUUAGAAUUAAGGAACAGUCAACUAAAAAAUUCUUUACCUCAACGCAAAAGAUCAUUGGUAUUCUCGCCAUGAACCAAGAGCCAGAUGUCCAGGUUCUUUUCAUAAAGAACAACAUGAGAAAACUAGUUGAGGGCCCAGAAUUACACUGGAAAACAUGUAGAAAGCAGGUCCUACCCGGUGUAAGCAUCGGUAUUCACAACUGCAGUACAGGAAGCUCCACCCUGGGGGGAAAUGUUGAGCUUCGUUGGGCAAAUUCCCCGAAAUGGCGGAUGUACGCAUUAACAUGUUUUCAUGCCGUUUAUCCUCCGAGAGAAGGUUCGCAUCGGGACAACCUGCCGCGCAUCAAAGAUUCAGAAAUAGCCCUGAAAAUUUGGAAAUUCUCUCCAGUAUGGCCGAAUUUUACAAAGGAUCCAAGCCCGGAGCAAAAGCUUCUGAGAAUCGACCACCCUUCAAGAAAAGAUAUCAGCAGGUCUAUUGAAAUGAAAAAGGCUGAACUUGAAGAAAGCCUCAAAGAUCAAUCAUUCCAAGAGCUCUUCAAAAGGGACAAGUCUAUUCAAUAA